UGGCGACAUCCGGGGGUCCCGGAGUGGACUGGAUCGCCGUCCAAAAAUGCCUUGUUUCUGCUUCGCAAUCAGGUUUUAGAAGCGGAGAUGUAUCUCUGCUUGUAGAUGCAAUUAUAGAGAGUGGUGACGACAUCCUGAAUCAUGAUGAUAAAUAUGAAAACUUUUAUUCCUGUUUUGUGGCCCUGUCUGCCCACUACAUCACAGAGCAUUCAACAUUGUUAUCCAAGUCCAUUGUCGGCCGCGUGGUCUCGUCCUGUCACACACUCAUGGACCUGUGCCUGCAGCGGAUGCUCAAGUACAAGCUGGCGUGCUCAGUCUCACAGCGGAACCUGAUGUCACUGGUUGAGGGUCUCUGCACAGGCACCGGGCAGCUCCAACGGUCAAACAUCGUCACGUUGACAGCCAUGUUGAAAGCCGCCCAACUUCCGCCUUCAACAACCCCUACAGAAGAACCAGAGUCAGAAGGCACAACGUCAACUACACUGGUGAAAAUCAGCGACACCCGCCCGAUAUCACAAGCGGAUUUCCUCAAGCAGUUGAUGUCAGCUUUUAGUGAGUCAACACCGCACUACAGCUCUUGCACUUCCCUGAAGACAGAAAAGUUGGAAGACAAGUCAACUCCGACCAAGACUGACCCCAGCAGUGACAUGCAGGCAUACUUUGCCGCCCGGAACAUUGAUAACCUUCACGCGCUGCAUGGCGCCGACAUCCUCCUGGACGUUUGCCUCAAUCUGCCGUUCUUGCAGCGCUACAUCAAUGCUUUCCGCGACGCAGCUAACGGCCUCCUUUUUGUGCUGCCCAGCACAGCAGCUGACGCCUCCUCCAUGAAAGCUAGCUUUCCCUCACUCCUGAACGACAUGACGAUCGUGUCGCGCGUCCUAGCCCUGCCGACCCUCGAACCCAUGACCCCAGACCACAUGGAGAAGCUGACCACCGUGGUCAUGAGCUGCCUGUUUGCAGCCGUCUCGGCCACCACCACCAGCACACUGCUUGCCCUGUCCAGUGGUCAGCCGGCCCGCAGUGGUCUGAUGGUGUCCACUCCAGCUGCUGUAGCCAAAGACGAGGAGCAGGAGAACAUAGCCUCACUCAUUGUACAGAAGGGGCUGAGUCUUUUCAAGGUCUUACAGAAUGCUGUCCAGCAGUCCACAAGAGCCGGCGGACACAACUUGCAGAACCUGCACAUGCUUGGGGCCUGGUGUAUCCUGCGAGACCUGGACCGCAUCCUCCAUCUCAAUGCCUCCUCGGUCCUCCCCGAGAAGCCCAAGGAGAAGGAGAAGGACAUCCCCGGCAGCCAGAAGGGUGAGGCAAAACCUGGCCUGGGGAAAGCUAAAGAGGGCGCCGCAACAGCCGCGGGAAGACCAGGCUCGGCAAAAGCAACUCAGAACAUCAGCAGCCUGACAGUAGCCCUGUCAUCUUGUGCCCUGUCUCUCCUGACUGCCUUACUAGAGGACCUCCACAUCGAGGGCCUGUCCACGAAGAUCAACACCAGUGACUCGGCCCCAGCUCGGCUGAGCAUCCUGCCGCAGUACACAGCCUGGCAGCGAGUCUGCUGCAUCAUCGGCAACAUACCCCUCACCAACUUGCUCAUCAACCUCUUCACGUCAUCCUACAAGAAGGCAUGUAUCACAGUCAGACAGCGGAAGAACUCCCUAGCCUCAGAAGGGGCCGACACCGAGAGCAACUCCCUCAAUACAAACUAUGGCGACGAAUUUGGCAGCUCGGAAGAAAGCAGCGAAGACGAGGAUAGUGAGCCCAUACUGGGACCCUGGUUUGAGGAGACCCUGACCCCCGACUCCGACCCCAAAGAGACGCCCCCUAACAAUCAAGGAACUCCUCCCCCAGUGCCAGGCGGGCCCAAGCCCGAGGCGGCGGCAGCGACCAAGAAGGAGGCGGAGAAGAGGGAGGACUCGCCCAGCCUGGCCGAGAUACCCGAUAAGGAGGAGCCUUCGCAGUACCUGAAGCUAGCCUCGGAUGUCUUGCAGUUUCUGACUGUUCACCUUCUCCACUCCAGUAAUGGACUGAUCCAUUACUUCCCGAGUCUGGCCUUCACAGAGACCCACAUCGCUGGCAUAGCCAGUGUCAUCAAAGACUUGGACAAAGGAACGGUCAAGACAGAUGACGCGGUCUUGAUGGAUAACUUCUCAGCCGCCCUGCUCCAUUUCAUCCACACCCUGCUGGCCUCUGAGACUUUGCCAGGCAACUUUCAGGAUUCUCUCCUCAGCCACCUGGGCGUCUCCCCCACCGCCAAGGGUCCCUGGUCCCUCAACAUCCCUCCCCGCACGCUGGCGGUCCUGGCCCACGUCCUGCUGCAACAGCAGCAACAGCAGCAGAGGUCCCCCUCCAAGGGCCAGCAGGAGGCGGCCGUGCCGGGCUGCUACAACGUGCUGCAGCGGAUCCUGGAGACGCUGAGAGACAUGGCCAUGAGAGGGGAACCGCUGACCGAAUCUGAAGAUCUGAAUGUGGAACAUGCCCAGCUGCUCAUGUUCAUCUUUGAGAGCCUGCCGACUACGAAGAAAAAAGACAUCCUCCUCCAAACAGCCUCGGCACUGUGCCAAGUAUCAAGGUCAAGCUACAUCAAGACCAAGUCCCCACUCGCCUUAUGUCGUCUGCUUCUCAUCUUUGAGUUCUUCGUCCACCACUUCUCCCAGGCUAGACCUUUCCUCUUUGAACAGGUCCAGUGGAACAUCUUCACCGUGCAGAGCACCGAUCCAGCCCUCAUGCUGUACCAGGAGGAGCGGGGUGGAAUAGCCACCACCAAGUUCUACAACCCCUGCCGGGAAGUCGAGGAGAACUACCGCAAGGCCACCACAAGCGAGACAGGCACAGUCGAGACAGACAGUUCAACCUUCAAGCGCCUCUUCUACAACCUCAUCUCCUCCGACAUGGACAACGGCAAAGAGGUGCCGCAGCUGGACCUACAGGCCUGUGAAGUGCUUUAUGAUGCCAGCUUUGACUACGGUGAGCUCUACCACUCGUUGGUGGAGUUGCUGGCGGCAGGAAGCGAGUGCGACACCAUCGCCAGACAGCAGGACAGACCACUCCAGUACACGGACGCCUGUGCCAUCCACUACACCUCGGUGGUCAGCUGGCGGCUGCUGGGCAGUCUGGCGCCCUCAGUGGCCUACAUGAAGCUCCUGGAAGGGCAGCACACGGACAGCGAGCGCAGCCUGACGCCCAGCGAGAUCCUGCACACGCUGCGCUGGGUGCCCCGCAUGGCCAAUGACAAAUACCGAGUCUGGAUCAGGGAUCAUCUGUCGGAGCAGCGAUUGCCGGUAACGGAAGCCGAGAGCUUACUGGACAUCAUCACCCAGCACUGCAGCACGGUGCAGUUUGACAUCCAGCUAGCUCAGGAACUCAUCGCAACGCAGCUGUCCCACAUGCCACUGUUUGUGAUGGCCAAUGACAUCGUCAUCCCAACCCACCUGCCCAGCCUCAAUGCCAUCUGCCUCCUGGACUGCAUCCUCAGCAAGGUGGAAACCUCCCUCAAAGAUCACUUCAUCGGAUCCAUCAGUGGCGACGAGACAGCCAAGACGUACAAAGUGUUGGAGAUAGCCAGCGACCUUCGACCCAUCCUCUUUCAACUACUCAAAAUGUAUACAGUCUUCGCAAGGUCCUGCCUGCUGGACCAGAUCCCGGGGCCCACCACCUUUGAAUCGCAGGCAGCAUUCAGCGUGGUCCUCCGCGUCAGCUCCUCCUUUGCCGCCAAGUGGCUGCCCACAGCCUCAGGCCUGCUCCAGAUCAGCGGCCUGCCCCAGCCGGUCCGCACGGCCGUGGAGAAGUGGAAUGCCAACAAUGGCGCCAGCGAGACCAAGGGCUUUGCCACAAUGAGGAGCAGCCAUGCGAUAGCCUCCGAGAACCAGCUGAACUCGGUACUUGGCAUGCAUCUCAACGCCCUCUCUUGUCAGACCGUGUUUUCCAUUGCGUUGCCUUUGAAACACGUCAUGACAGCCAUGGUCAGGUUAUGCACCGACCAACUCAUGUGGUGUGAUGAGGGCAGUGUUGUGAGUGCCUUGCAAGAACCCUGGAAGAAAGAACUGGCGGACGUCCUAUUUCCACUCCUGCUGGAUGCCAGCACAGAGAGCUUUGCCGAACUGACCUACGUACCCGUGGAGCGCCUACUUGGAGGUAGCGAUAGUGAGGAGUUUGUCCACAAGCUUCACUUAUGCCUGAUAUCAGCUUGCCAUGAGCUGAUUACAAAACAUGCCUCACCACAGAGCGGAUUGGAGGAGGCCGUCUUCCGAGAUGCCAUCCAGACCUUGGAGGCAGAGCUGGAGAAAGGCCCAGCCAAGAAGGCACUAGAAGUCUUCUACACGGAGGAAUCAGAUCUGGUACAGGUGUUGCUGUCAUCCGCCAAUGAGCAUCUAUCUGCAGAGUACGGCAUCAAAGUCCUCAAGUUCUUCAACCGACUCCUGCAAUUUGCUGAGGACACACCCGGCGACAAAUCCCUGGACAGACUGUGCUCCUCACUGACCCGUCUCUCCCUGGUGGACCCGGACUCAUUGCAGGGCUGGCUGGCCCGCAUCAUCCAGGACAGCCACCCAGGAGCCAAAGGUCAAGAGCACCGCGUCCUGCUACAGAGCCUGACCUCCCACAUCGUCAAGGAGAAGAGUCUUGUCGGAGAGGAUGUAGCCACAGCCCUCCUAAAGGCCCUUAUCCCCAUGGGCACCCAGCUGCUGUCCGGCGUGGGCGACAGUUUGGGCUUCUCGGAGCUGAUGCCGGUCAUGGUCAUGCUGGCCGGAGCAGGGUCAGGCGUGGGCCACAUUGAGCUGUUCAGGGCUGCAAACGAGUGGCUGGUCACCUGCAAGAAGUAUCUAUCACACAAGAACGUUGCCGAAAAGCUAGCUCUUGAAUCAGCAGAAGGAAAGCACCAACACAUGAUGGAGGCCGCCUGCUACCUACUGUCCUACAUCGCCAGCGUACUUGGAGCGCUCAAACAAUCCGGUGACAAGAGUUUGGCUCCGGCCUACGACGUCGACUCGGCCGCGCAGGAGGCAGAUUCCGACUGGGCCGAAGACAUGAUGCUGGAAGAGGAUGACUCAGGAGGAGAAGAUUCGGACGAAGACUCCCUCUGCAACAAACUUUGCACCUACACCAUCACCCAGAGGGACUUCAUGAGCCAACACUGGUAUCACUGUCACACUUGCAAGAUGAUAGAUGGUGUGGGUAUCUGCACGGUGUGCGCCCGCGUCUGCCAUCGUGGGCACGAGGUCGCCUACGCCAAGUAUGGAUCGUUCUUCUGCGAUUGUGGGGACAAGGAUGACGGCUCAUGCCAGGCCCUAGUCAAGCGCACCCCGGGCUCCAACCUUGACUCCAGCAUGUCCAACACGUCCAUGACCUCCCCGUUCUCAUCCGUGCCCUCGGGCGCCGACGAGAAAACCCGCAGCGCUUCCGUUGGCGCCCUGCGUCGUCACCACCACCACCAGCAGGCGCAGUCGUCACACCAGCAGCCGGGAGGGGCUACGCCCACCGCCCCCUCACCGACGGACCGUCCCCAAGGGGGCAUGCUGGGCCUCGGGGAAGCAGGGCUAGGGGGAUUGCCGCUGAUGAUGAUGACGCUGAUGACAGGAGAGGAACUGACCCGUUUCCACCAGAUGCUGGCCAAGCAGUUGAUGCAUUCCCAAGACAUUAUUUUGAGUCUUCUGGAGAAUGGUAGCACAGCGGUCACGGUGAUGGAGUUGCUACAGUACCUGCUGAGUCCCAUCGAGGAGCACUGCAAUCAGACCUCAGCCGUCGGGGCCACCUCCAGGGCCCAACAAGCCCUGAGAGACCUGCACAUGCUGGACAAGACCACUGAGUCUACUGAGCAACUCAUGGUGCCAACCCUGGGCUCGCAGGAAGGUGCCUUCGAGAACGUCCGGGCCAACUUCUCCGGCGACCAGGGCCAGACUAUCCGUCAGCUGCUGGGGGCCCACAUGCUGCGGCGGGUGGCCAUGUGCUGCCUGGCCUCUCCCCAGGGCCGGCGCCAACACCUGGCCGUCUGCCACGAGAAGGGCCGCAUCACCGUGCUGCAGCUGUCGGCGCUGCUGAAGCAGGCCGACUCCAGCAAGAGAAAACUGACCCUGACGCGGUUGUCAUCUGCUCCGGUCCCCUUCACUGUACUCAGCAUCACCGGUAACCCAAGUAAUGAGGAUUUCCUUGCUGUCUGUGGCCUCAAGGACUGCCACGUCUUGACUUUCACCAGCUCAGGGACCGUAUCCGAUCACCUGGUUCUCCAUCCCCAACUCGAAGCUGGUAACUUCAUCAUCAAGGCUAUCUGGCUGCCUGGAUCCCAGACCGAGCUGGCUAUUGUCACUGCUGAUUUUGUCAAGAUUUACGACUUGUCUCGUGACGCUCUCAGCCCGUGUUUCUACUUCCUCGUCCCCAGCGGCAAGAUUCGAGAUGCCUGCUUCGUCUUCUCGGACGAGGACACCCGCACGCUGGUACUCAUGUCUUCGGCUGGUUACCUGUACACUCAGCCCAUGGUUGAAGCCAGCGAGGCCCGGCACGGGCCGUUCUAUGUCACUAACGUGCUGGAGGUGAAGCAUGACGAGCUAAAGGAUUCAGGCGGUCAAGUUGCUGGCGGUGGUGUCUCCUGUUACUACUCACACACCUUGCAGUUACUCUUUUUCAGCUUCUCACAGGGUAAAUCGUUCUGUGCGUCCAUCAACAAGCAAGUCACCGAACUGGGGAAACUCUUCCCAAUUACACUGAAGAGUAAUGGCAGCAGUGGGGGUAAGGCUACCAACCCGCCAGCCCUGUGCCAGUGGAGCGAGGUGUCCAACCACCCUGGCUUGGUCUGUUGCCUGACUCAGACCACCAGCAUCCCCGUGCUGCUGAUGGUGGAACCGGACUGUAUCCGAAUCCAGGAGAUCAAGACGCUACCAGCCAAAGCCAAGGUACAAGACAUGGUGGCCAUCCGUCACUCCUCAUCCUCAGACCAGCACCGCACCACCCUGAUCCUUCUGUGCGAGGACGGCAGCCUUCGGAUCUACAUGGCCAACGUGGACCAGACGGGUUACUGGAUGUCCAGCCAGUUCCAGGCCACGGGAGCCAUCAGCGCCCUCAAGCCCAUACGCAAGAAGAAAGUCACCAAGUCUGGGUCAACUGGUCGUCCGUCCGGUGUGGUCACGUUCCCCAUCGACUUCUUCGAGCACUGCCAGCCCAUGAACGACGUGGAGUUUGGCGGCAACGACCUACUGCAAGUAUACAACGUGCAGCAGGUCAAGCACCGACUCAACACGACAGGGAUGUACGUCGCUAACACCAAGCCCGGCGGUUUCAUGAUUGAGGUCAUCAACAACAACUCGUCCAUGGUGAUGGUUGGUAUCCGUGUCCACGUCGGUGCCCAGUCCAUCGAGCGUGUGCCUUCCUACCUAGAAGUCUUCGGCCGGAGCACCCAGGUCCAGCUGACAUCUACGCGCAAUCGAUGGUUUGACAUUCCCUUCACCAGAGAAGAGUCACUCACUGCUGACAAGAAAUUCACGCUCUUUGUUGGUCCAUCGGUCGACCCAGCCGGUGUCACCAUGGUGGACUCCAUCAAAGUCUACGGCAAGACCAAGGAGAACUUUGGCUGGCCGGAUGACCCGCCUGAUGACUUCCCCUCCACCAGCGGGGGUGGGGCCAACCUCCCGCCGACCUCCAGCAGCGCCGCGCCGGCCGCCGAGACGGAAACGGCCACCGUGACCGCGGCUGUCGCGACCACCACCCUGUCCAGCCUGGACCGGCUGGUGGCAGCAUCACUGGAGGUGCUGGACGGGUUCGUGUGUCUGGUUAACAUGGAGGACAAGGAGACAAUCAAGCAGACCAUUCAAGACCUGGCCACUGAGCUGUUGACCCUGCCGACGCCCUCUAGUGUCCAAUCUCAUGCCAAGUCACUGCUCUCCACCAUGCAGCCAUCCAGUGUGGCAUUCCACAACCACAAGGAUCAAGCCCAGCUGCAACGCGUUAUCCAGUGCCUGGCUAGUUCCCAGAAACCCCAGCUGCGGGCACAAGCUGCCCCUUCGUGCCAACCCGACAGUCAACAACAGCAGCACCUUGAUCCUGAAGCCUACCAGCGUCUUGUCGUGACGGCACGCUCUGUGGCAGUGGCUCGCCCAACAAACCUGGUGCGGUUUGCCGACACCUGUGAGACGUUCACGUCCAAGGAAUCAGAUCUGGAGGUGACCAACCUAGAGGCCGAAGCCGAGGAUGCCACCAUGGAGCCAGCCAGCAGCCGACUGACCGGGCUGACGGAGCAAGAGUCCAAGCACUUCCUGGCCCGCAUGCUAGAGGCCUUCUGGAGGUUGCAUAGCUCCAAGCCAGCCAACGCCAUGCUGGCACCUGCAUGCUUACCAGGCCUGACCCACGUGGAGAUCACCGUCGGAGCACUAGUUGAGAUCAUCCAUGCCUUUGCCUGCAGCGACUUGGACAAUAUCCCUCUAGCCACCAAGCUGUACGUACGCCUCCUCAUGUGCGAGGAUCAGUCAGUCAGCUUUGCCGCCAAGCAAGCCCUUAUCAAGGUCAUGCGUCCCCGUCACAAACGCCGUAAGGUGGUCAUCCCCUCCCCGCAGCGUUGCAGCUCCCCACCGCCAGACCCCAGCGUGGCAGAGGAAGAGGAACCCGAAGACAAGGCCCCCCAGGGAGGCGGGGAAAUGCCUCUGGUGCAGGAGGUAUCGGAGGCGUCGCAAGACGAACCCUCCUACGAAGUCGUCGAGCAAGCUGAGCCGAUGGUCCUGGAGCCGGCCGAGGGCAAUGUCGCCGCCCAAGGGGUCAACCAGCUACCCCUGGAGGCCCUGCUUGGCGGCCGGAGCGGGGGCUUUGCCCCCAUGCUGGACAUCCCACCGGACGCUGAUGACGAGGCCAUGAUGGAGCUGGCCAUCGCCCUGAGCCUGCAGGACCAGUCGUCAGGCCAGGACGGAGGGGGCGGGGGAGGCGGAGGACUGAACCUGCAGGCCCUGGGGCUGGCUGCUCACCACCACCAGGGGCAGAGCUCGUCCUCACUGGAGGCGGGUACGCUGUCUGACACCACAGCCUCAGCUGCCAGUGACGAUGAAGGAAGCACGGCUGCUACCGAUGGGUCCACCCUGCGUACUUCCCCUGCUGAGCAUGCUGGCAGUGGAGGGUCAGAGAGCGGGGGCAGUGCUGUUGACUCCAUCACCGGGGAACACAGCGCGAGUGGUCGCAGCAGCGCCUAUGGAGACGGUGUCCACGAGCCCAUCGCAACACGUCCGGACAGUGCCGAGAGCAGUGGUCACCCUGGCAAUGCACUAGGCAACCCGCUGAUGGAUGGCGUGGAGAUGCCUGAGGGCGAGACAGAGACAGAGCGCGACCAUGGCCAGCGCAUGCAUGCCCUCCGCUUGAUGCUGCUGGAUCGACUGCUGCAGUACCUGCCCGAGCUUAGGGACGUGGGCGGGGUCAGGGCCAUCCCAUUUAUGCAGGUGGUCUUGAUGCUGAGCUCGGACCUGGACAUCGAGGAGGACAAAGACCGCCACUCCCUGGGCAGCCUGCUGUCCACCAUGCUGGCCGAGCUCAACCUGCGCCGCCGGGACUUUGCCGAUGUAGCCGAGCGCACUGCCUUCCACGAGGUCCAGUUGAUCAUCAUGCGGCUGCUCAGCGUCUUCAUGUCGCGCACCAAGUCGGGGACUAAGGCAGCCAGCGAGUCUUCCACGCUGAUUUCUCACGCCACGGCCUCAGCCCUUCUCAGCUGGGGUGCUGUUGACUACUGUCUGCUGAUUCUCAAGGCCCUCCUAGACCACUGGAAGGAAACAGAUGUGGACGAGGAUGCGUCAGGAGGCUCCAGUAACCUUCUCAAGCCUCAUCCAACCUCCUCACCUCCGGACAUGUCACCGUUCUUCCUGAGACAGUACGUUAAGGGCCAUGCGGGAGAUGUUUUCGAAGCCUACCCCCAACUCCUGACAGAGAUGGUCUUGCGUCUGCCCUACCAGAUGAAGAAGAUCUGUGAUGCCACCCCAUCUGUGGGGGUUCCUGUCUUUGACCAGGCCUGGUUCUACUAUCUGUGCGAGUACAUGAUGACUCAGCAGACACCCUUCGUCAGGCGCCAAGUGAGAAAACUCCUACUCUUCAUCUGCGGCUCCAAGGACAAGUACCGCCAACUGCGCGACCUGCACACUCUGGAAUCUCACCUCCGAGACAUCAAGUCCAUCUGUAGUCAGAACGGCCUUGAGCUUGACAACACCAGCAAUGUACCAAUCACCUUACCCUACGACACUCUUAUAACCCUGAUUGAGCAUUUGAAGGCCUGCCAGGAGAUUGCAGCAUCCCGCACCCUCAACUGGCAGAAGUUCUGCCACAAGGAUGAGACCGUCUUAUCCAGCCUCCAGCAAGCCAGCUUCUACCUAGAUGAGGGUGUGUCUCCCCUCCUCCUGCAGCUGCUGACCUGUGCCCUCUGCGGCAACAAGACCUCCUCCUCCAAACACAAGAAGAGCAAGGAGAAGGCUGAAAAGUCGGAGGGUAGGCGGGAUAAAUCUUCGGAAGAUAGCCAGCGCCAUGACGACAGCCUGUGUCAGUCCCUCAUCAACCAGCUCAACCGUCUGGCCGGCCGCGAUUCCCUCUCCCGCUUUGUCCGCCAGCACCUGCUAGAGUCCAACAACACCUCGGUGCGCUGGCAGGCGCACGGCCUACUCCUGCACAUCUUCAGGAGUUCCCAGUUCAGCCAACAGGAGCAGCUGCUGGAGCUGAUGUGGGAACUCUGGCCGGAGCUGUCCAGCUACGGGCGCAAAGCCGCCCAGUUUGUUGACCUCCUGGGCUACUUCUCGCUCAAGGCGCCGUACAGCGCGCAGAAGUCCCAGCAGUACGUCCAGAAAGCAGCGGCAUUGUUGAAGACACAGAACCAAUGUCUCGCCAAUCAUCCCAACUCCACCAUUUACAACAUGCUGUCUGGCCUUGUGCAGUUUGACGGCUACUUCCUGGAGAGCGACCCUUGUCUGGUUUGCAACAAUCCAGAGGUCCCGUUUUCUAACCUGAAGCUGACCACGCUAAAGGUGGACUCGCGCUACACAGCCAACUCGCAGAUCGUCAAGCUGGUGGGCACUCACACCAUCGCCAAGGUGUCAUUGCGCAUCAGCGACCUCAAGCGCACCAAGAUGGUACGCACCAUCAACAUCUACUACAACAACCGCACCGUGCAAUCCGUGGUGGAACUCAAAAACAAGCCCACCAUGUGGCACAAGGCUCGCAAGUGUCAGCUGGCCGCAGGCCAGACAGAGCUGAAAGUGGAGUUCCCGUUGCCCAUCGUGGCCGCCAACCUCAUGAUCGAGUACGCCGACUUCUACGACAACCUGACAGCCUCAGCCGAGACCCUGCAGUGCCCCCGCUGCAGCGCCUCGGUACCGGCCAACCCGGGCGUCUGCGGGAACUGCGGCGAGAAUGUUUUCCAGUGCCACAAGUGCAGGGCCAUCAACUAUGACGAGAAGGACCCGUACCUGUGUAACGCCUGCGGCUUCUGCAAGUACGCCAAGUUUGACUACACCCUGACAGCCAGAGCCUGCUGUGCUGUCGACCCAAUCGAGACUGAAGAUGACCGUAAAAAGGCAACCUCUACCAUCAGCUCGCUGCUUGAGAAGGCUGACCGUGUCUACCGCCAACUGGUCUCCCACAAACCACAUCUGGAGGCCCUGCUGAUCAGAGUACAUGAGGCCGGACAGGACAAACCGCAGGACGGCGUGGGUGGUGCAGCCAGCAGCAGUAGUGCCAGCGUCAACAAGACCAUUCAGCAAUUGGCCCAACGCUACUGCGGAGACUGCAAGGGUACGUUUGACGAACUCAGCAAGAUCAUCCAGAAAGUGCUAGCGUCUCGCAAGGAGCUGGUGGAGUAUGACCGCCGCCAGCGUGACGCCGCCCUCAAGUCCAUCAGCCCCAGCUCAGGGAUGACGCCUGUGGCCACUCCCUUGACCAGCCCCCACCCCUCGCCGUCACCCAGCACCAUGGCCGUCAGCCUGCCCAGCUGCAAGGCCACCCAGAGGAAUCAGGGUCGUUGCUAUGGUUGCGCCGCGGCCGCCACAGAGCACUGUGUGACCCUGCUGAGGGGUCUGGCCUCACACGCCGAGACGAGACGCAUCAUUGCUGAUCAGGGCUUGAUUCAGGAGUUAGUUGAGUACAACCUCCGCCGUGGCUCGGCCAUCUUCCGCAGCGAAGUGCGUCAGCUGCUGGCAUUGCUCACCCGUGACAACGCGGAUGCGACCCACGUCUUGAACGACAUCCUGAUGGCCCGCAUCACGGCCGCACUCAACAGUUACAAGUCUAACCCAGACCUGGCCGGUGCCGUUAGAAAUGAGAUGGCCCUCCUGGUCCACUCCGUAGAGAAAGAUGAUCCCUGCUGGGAGAAGCGGCUAAAAUGUGUGAUGAAACUGUUCUUGAUAGCAGUGAAGACCAACAGCCCCGUUGUCAUGGAGAACGUGACCUUGCCUUGUCUGAGAAUACUCCAUCUCCUCGUCAAGCCUCCGGCACCUGCCAGCAAGAAGAACAAGGAUAAAAACGUUGAGCAUCUGAGUACCGUGAAGCCGGAGGGUCAAGACGUGUACAUCAAUGUGCGUCAGUGGCUAGCCAAACAGGGUGUGGAUUACAACAUGUGGAAGCAAAGGAUACCCGCUAGCGCUCCAAAAGACAGCAGCGAGAAGCAAGCCAGCCACCAGGAGACACGGGGCAAGUACCUGAUGGAGAAGUACGCCCGGCGCUGGAAGCAAGGCCUCAAGCGCUCACCAGACAACCUCCACCUGGGUGGGGGCAGCACCUGGCUCAGGGGUGUACUCUUCUCCCCGUCCUCUCGGGCCGCCCGACAGGUGGCCUGCAACAUUGUGGAGUCGCUCUGCCAAGUGUCCAGUCGUAGACAGCAGAUGCUGGACCUUUUGACCAGCUACCUGGACGAGGUGGGGCCCAGCGGAGAGAGCGCAGCAGAGUUCCUGACGCUCUACCAGCGCCUGACCAAGGCCCCUCACUGGAAGCUCUACCUGGCUGCCAAGGGCCUGCUCCCCCACGUUGGGGUGCUCAUCACUAAGGAGAUUGACAUCCUGUUGUCUCUGGAGGAGACCACGCUUAGCUCGGACCUGUCUCAGGGAUACGCUCUGAAGAUGCUGACAGAGUUGCUGGCCAGCUUCCUGGAGGUGGACACCAUCCGUCGCCACUACAAGAGCAAGCUGCUAGGCCCCGUCCUCAACGGCUACCUGGCACUGCGCAAGCUGGUGGUGCAGCGGACCAAGCUGGUGGACGAGACGCAGCAGAUGCUGCUUGAAUUGCUAGAGGACAUGACCACAGGCACCGAGUCCGAAACCAGAGCAUUCAUGGCUGUCUGCGUGGACACGGUAAAACGCUACGGACUGGAUGACCUUCGAACUCCGGUCUUCAUCUUCGAGAGACUGUGCAGCAUCAUAUACCCAGAGGAGAACGACGUGGGCGUAUUCUUCAUGACCUUGGAGAAAGACCCGCAGCAAGAGGAUUUCCUCCAGGGGCGCAUGCAGGGGAACCCCUACAACUCCAACGAGCCGGACAUGGGGCCGCUCAUGAGGGACAUCAAGAACAAGAUAUGCAGAGACUGUGAGUUGAUAGCUCUGCUUGAAGAUGACACAGGCAUGGAGCUGUUGGUCAACAACAAGAUUAUCAGCCUGGACCUGCCUGUCAAGUACAUAUACCAGAAGAUAUGGUGCCCUGAGAACGAGGGUGAACCGAUGCGCAUCAUUUAUCGCAUGCGUGGUCUCCUUGGCGACGCAACUGAGGACAUCAUCGAAUCAGUGGACAACAACAGUGAUGAGGAGGCUGAUGAUGAGGAGACAUACAAGAUGGCGGGUGUGAUGAGUGAAUGCGAGGGACUAGAGAUCAUGCUGCAUAGGCUUGCCUGUUUGACGGAUCUCGUCCGUGGACGGCAGCUCUUGGCCGUUCUCCUCAAGUUACUGUGCUUCUGCACCAAGGUGAAAGUCAACCGGCAGCGACUGAUAGAACCGGCCAUGCAGGCUGUCAACAUCAUGCUGGCCGUCCUAAACAGGGUCCUUUUAGCCGAGAACGAAGAGCCCGGAUCGGGCGGGGGCACGGCUGUGACAGAGCAGCUCCUCUCCAUCAUGGAGGUGAUCCUGCAGGAGGCCAACAACGAGCCCCUGGACCACGGCAAGCCCACCGUCAUCCUGGCCUGCGACAAGAGCCAGCUGGUAGCCCUCCUGGACCGCAUCAACAGCCCCUUCGUCCGCUCCCACUCCUCGGUCCUCCAGGGCCUGAUGCGGAUCAUCCCUUUCCUGUCCUUCGGGGACAAGGAGAAGAUGACCACCCUGGUGCUGCACUUUGAGCCCUACCUGGACUUUGACAAAUUUGACGGCGAUCACACCCAGGAUGAUGAGAUCCAUUUAGAGUGCUUCUGUGCCAUCGCUGCAGGAAUUGAGAAUAACUCCAACGGGAAUGCGCUGAAAGAUCUGAUCAUCCAGCAAGGCAUUGUGGGAAAAGCCGUGGGCUACAUCACCCGCAACCUGCCCAAGGCAUCCAAUCUUGAGUCCCCUCCAUGGAAGGAGUUUCUAGCCAAGCCGUCGCUUCCCUACGUGCUGAGGCUCCUGACUGGUUUAUGCACGGGCCACCCUGCCUCACAGCUGCUGGUUGGUGCUGAGUGUAUCCUGGCCAUCCAUCGCAUGGAGCAGAUCUCCAGCGAAGAGGGCAUCGGGUCGCUGUCCGAGAACCUCAUGGAGUCCAUCAAGCUGAACCCGGAGGUGGCCAAGAAGAUUGAUGAGGUGCGAGCACAGACCAAGGCGGAGAAGAAACGACUGGCCAUGGCUAUGAGACAGAAGCAGCUAGGGGCACUCGGCAUGUCGACCAAUGAGAAGGGCCAAGUGACUGCGGAACGCUCAGUCCUGAAGCAGAUGGAGGAGCUGGUUGACGAAUCUGGCCUGACCUGCUGUAUAUGCAGGGAAGGGUACAAGUACCAACCACAGAAGGUUCUCGGAAUCUACACUUUCACCAAGUGCCACCCUCUGGAGGAGUAUGAGACCAAAUCACGCAAGACGCAAGGCUACAGCACUGUGUCCCACUUUAACAUAGUGCACUAUGACUGUCACAUGGCAGCCGUCAGGCAUGCCCGCGGCCGCGAAGAAUGGGAGAGCGCUGCGUUACAGAACGCUAACACCAAGUGCAAUGGGCUGCUACCACUGUGGGGCCCACAAGUACCAGAAUCGGCCUUCGCUAGCUGCCUGGCAAGGCACAACAUCUAUCUGCAGGAGUGCACAGGCCACCAUGAGCCCAACUACCACGCUACCAUCCAUGACAUUAAGCUGUUGCUGCAGCGCUUUGCCAUGGAGCGGUCCUUCAGCAACGAGAGCGGAGGCGGGGGACGGCAGAGCAACAUCCACCUGUUGCCAUACAUGCUGCACAUGGCGCUCUACGUCAUCAACACCACUCGCUCGGUUUCCCGCGAAGAGAAGAACCUAGCCACCUUCCUCAAGUCUCCACCCUCCAAGUGGGUAGAGGCCAGCUUUGAGAUCGACGGGCCGUUCUACUACUCGGCCCUCUGCCCGGUGGUGCUGUCGCCAGAGAAGUGGAAGGAGUCUCGGGUGGUGUUGUUGAAGAUGCUGCUGGCGGCAGCCCACGUCCGACAUAUCAGCCCCAUGGGGGCCACAACCUUAACUGACAAGCAAGUCAAGGACUACAUCAUCUACAAGCCAGCCCUGGUCUUCUUCUCCUUGCUAGACUCCAUGUACCAAAAGCUGCUGACGCCCACCCCACACCAGGGCUCCAGUUGGCCGGUCUCCCUGGCGCACUACAUCCGUCAUAACGACGAGGCCAUGCUCAAGGCGGGCGACGAGAUUCUGUAUCGCUACGAGGUUGACUGUCUGCCUUGCGAGUCGUUUGGUGAAUUUUGUGAUGUCACAGGGUUGCUAGGAGACAUUCAGAACCCAGACCAGUUCCUGGCAGACACCAUUAGCUCUAUGCCUUAAACGCGCGGUCAGCAUUUCCUGCUCAGAAAAUUCCCCAAGUCAUUUCUGUUAUUGUGUGUCACAGACAGCAUACUGUACUUAAGCCACAUAUUCACCUCUGUGAGAAUGUGAUCACAGCAGUACAGCCUUGUGCUGUCUGUCGUGGUACCUUUUUAGUUGGUAAAAGUCACACUUGGUCCUGUACCCUGUGUCUUUCUUGCCCUUGACUGGUCUUAUAUGCAGUGUUUGUGGGCCCCAGUGGCACAGUGCACUGUCCAAGUCCAACUUGCUAUUGGCUCUGCACCUAGCUCGCUGAGGGCGCCAGACUGCACUCACAGUCAUUGCAGUCCCCUGCUUCCUGUUCUUGUCGAACAUGUUCAUCGUUCUUUUUCACAGUAUCGUCACUGUUAGUGAUCUGCACAGCACUAUUUGUGAUCUUGUGAUUUUAAAGAUAUAAGCACAAGUGAUGUCUGAUAAAGUCUUAGAAUUGGGAAUGUGUCGUAUUUAGCUUAGAACUCAGUUUGUGCUCCUGAAGUUCGUAAUAUUGAAAAAGAAAGUCAGAAACUGGCAGAAUCUUGGCAGACCUGAAAAACAUUUAAAGAAAUAAAGAAAAUGUCUACUUGUAACCCAACAAUAAAAGUAUAGGCCUUGUAAUAGUAAGUGCAAAAAAUACAUGAGAAGGCUGUAAUAGGUUUGGAAUACAUGCAGUAUAACCUUUGAAAGUCGUUGGCCUGUGCAUAACUUGAAGUACCCAAUUUUUCUCCUCAGCGAAGGAGCAGAUUACAUAUGGUUGAACAUUACUGUGAAUUGUUGACAUGCAAAAUAAGGUUUUAAGAAAUUUAUUUAUAACCUAUUUACUGGUAUCCAGAGAUACCUGUUUACCUUUGCAAACUUGGAACUCUGUUAUUUUAUUUAUAUGCAGGUCUUAAAAUUUUGUAGAGAUGGUUUCACUGUGAUGCAUGUAUUUGAGAUUUAUGCAUUAGGGUCGAUGUAACACGGUUGAAACUUUUGCUUCUUGCUAUCGAAAGCCUUAGGCACCUUUUUUUUCAGGUUUCACAUCAGAAGUCUUGCAGAAGUCGUGGAGUGAUAAUAUAUUUACCCCUUGAAGUGUUUCUCAGAAAUUGUAGGAAAUUUCUUCUUUAGCAUUUCAACAAACCAAACCUAGCAGAUCUUAUUUUGCAGGGAUAUUUUUGUGGAUUUAAGCAACUGUUUGAUUUUUUUAAAAAUUAAUUGCGGCAAUUUGAUAGACUUUGAAAAUGUUAGUAUCUUAAAAUUAUUUACAAAUUUAAUUAAAGGGCACAAAACGCCUGUAAAUGGGUUUAACUAAACUUGGCAAGCUCAAUUUACCAAAUUUCUGUCGCUCUCUCAAAACUAGAGCUCUUCAGAUAAAGCAUCGUAAAUUUUGUAUUUGAUAUAGGUGUAAAAAUAUUCCCGCACAGCCCCUUUGUAUUUGAAAUAUUCAUUAUCGCUCAUGUUUUCGUACUUCAAAAUACGUUGGUAUGAAAGAUUAGGAACGUAAGCAGUUUUCUCUUUUCCAAGCUUAUGGGGACAAAACAUACAGACAUCGUUGUCGGGGAAAGAAUGAGUUAUGUUUGUCACGGAUGAAGACUUGACAAUUUAGAUUUGAUUGGGCAUUGAAAAGUCUGGACGAGUUAAAUAAUUUGACUCCAUAUAUUCAAGAUAUUGUUGUGAAGUUGAUAAUGUAAUGAUAUUUCAGUAGUUAGUUGCAAGUAGAAUGUGAUUGGUAAGUGUACACGAUACACAAGCCUCUUUCGUAAUGUUGUUCACUAAUAUUGAAAAACAAAAUUGUUGAAGUUGUUUAUUGCGAAGUGCCAAACUUUGCAUCAAAUGGUAAACAAAAACCGAAGGGACGACAUUUAAAUCUGCCUUGGAGAUUCUCAAAGCUCAAAUUUUUAGUAUAAAUUGCCUGAAAUGUUUAAUUUCAAAUUAUUUCAUGAAGCGCAUCUUUGAAUUUCUUUGUAGUGAUUUCUCGCCCCAAGCUAUUCAGCACGAGUACGUGUUUGUCAAGCUGUAGGCCUACUCAAGGUCUCCCGAGCUCAAUAUCUCCGUAAAUAUUUCCUCACUUUUACUUAAAUGCUGGCAAUCGUUGAAUAAAGCAGUGUGGCAUAAAAAAGA